AUGCCGGAACAUCUGACCGCACCCUUGCCACCGCUCUUGGGUGCUCAUGAUGAUGACGGCGCCGUCAACGCCAGCCUACCAACUACAUCCAGUCCUCAAGGGCCCCAACAGCAGCAGCAGGCUUCGGGAUUGCGCUUGCUUUCUCCCUUCUUGGGCAAGUCGCUGACGGUUGGUUUAGCCCCCAUGACGAUUCCUUCCUGGGACUCGCACCUCGCGCCGAUUUGUAGCAAACUCGUCACCAAAGCACAAGGAUUGCAGAAUACCAUGUACCUCCAAGCGUGGUCAGCACUGAAGAAAAAGCAAACAGACAAUUUUGGAACGACCCCUGCGAUAAAGCUCCUAUCAUACUAG